AUGGCCUACAAAUUGCAAACUCUUGAGGAUGGUUCAGGUCUCUGCGUUGGUACCAUAAUCCGCUUUGAGACAGUUACAAUAUUAUUAGAUCCAGCAUGGUCAAAUACUAAGAUAUCAUAUGAGAAAGCAGUGACAUUUUGGAGUACAAUCAUCCCCGAUGUAGAUAUUAUAUUAAUUUCCCAAUCUACUGCGGAUUGUUUGGGUGCAUACCCUUUGCUUUUCUUCAAUUUCCUUUCUCAUUUUAUAUCUAGGAUACAUGUAUAUGCCACGUUACCUAUAACAAACUUAGGAAGGGUCGCCACAAUUGAUUUAUAUGUUUCAGGUGGGAUAGCAGGUCCCUAUGAAUCAAAUGAAAUGGAUAUUGAAGAUAUUGAAUCAGCCUUCGACUUCAUUGAAGCUCUAAAGUUUUCACAAGACGUAGAUUUGAGAUCUAGAUAUGAUGGGCUUUCUAUGACAGCUUACAAUUCAGGUUAUUCCCCUGGUUCUUCCAUUUGGUGCAUAACGAAUUACUCAGAAAAAUUAUUAUACGCUAGAAAUUGGAAUCAUUCAAAAAGUACUAUAUUAAAUGCAGCAGCCUUGCUAGAUAGCAGUGGUAAGUCGCUUUCAGCAUUAACCAGACCAUCUAGUGUCAUUACGAGUCUGACCCAUUUUGGUUCAUCCCGUCCUUUGAAGAGGCGUGUCAAUAUGUAUAAUGAAGCUUUAAGAAAGGCAUUGGUUGGGGGUGGUUCUGUAAUUAUACCGUGUGAGAUUGGUGGUAAUUUCCUAGAUUUGUUAGCCAUGACUCACAAUUUUCUGUAUGAAAGAUCAAAUAAUGGGAAACAAUCAAAGGUACCUAUAUUGUUAGUUUCAUAUGCCAAAGGUAGAACCGUAACGUAUGCCCAGUCAAUGCUUGAGUGGUUAUCUUCUUCUGUCAUUAAGAAAUGGGAAAACAGGAAUGGACGAUCACCAUUUGAUGUGAAUAGUAUAUUGAAACCAGUUACUCCAAAAGAAGUUUUGAAACAAAAGGGACCCGCUAUAUGUUUUGUUUCAGAAGUUGAUUCAUGUAUUUCUGAAACGAUGAAAAACAUAGCUGAGAUAUCUAACGUUACGGUAUUGUUGACAUCAAACCGAGAGAACAAUCAACCAGUUCUCGAUAAAAUGAAGGGAGAAUGGCUAGAACAAUCAAGUGGUAAAUUGCAAGAAGGGACGAAUAUUAGUUAUUCGACAACUGCCGAGUUUGAAAUUGUUAAUUUGAAACCUUUAAAAGAUGAAUCGUUAACAAAAUUUAAUGAUAGGAUCGAUCGAAGACGAAAAGAAAGAAAAGAAGAAGAAAUAGCAUUACGGAAAGAAUCCAAAUUGUCUGGUAGUUUUGCUCAUUCAUUUGGUGAGGGGCAAGGUGUCCUAAAUAAUGAAAAUGAUGGAACAAUUGGAAGUGCAAAUAACGACGACGAUGAUGAAGAUGAUGAAGACGAUGACGACCUUAUUGACAUCUUAAAAGGUAAAGGUAAGAACAAUAAAGUGCAAGAGAUACCUAUGGAUACAAUAAUCUCAUCAAAUUCUUCGAUUAAAAAUCGAAUGUUCCAUUUUAAACCGGUAAAACACAAAAUUGAUGAGUAUGGUUCGUUUGUAAAUAUUGAUCAAUUUUUACCAAAGGAAGAAGAUGGACAAAACGAAAAUAGUGUUGGUAAUCAAAAGAGAUAUGUAGGAGAUGAUGAAGAUGAAAACGGGGACAGUUAUGAUGCUCUAAACCGUUCAAAGAAACAGAAGAAGGAUAAACAAAAGGAAAAAGAGAACGAGGAAAGAAAGAAAAAGGAAAAGAUGAAGUUUGAUAAUCUCGAAUACCUCGAUGCCAAGAAUCAUCCGUGUUUAAGAACAUUUCAAAAGGACACGGCUACGAUUUCAUGUCAGUUAUCAUUUAUUAAUUUAGAUAAUAUUGUGGAUCAGAGAUCAACCUCGGUGAUAUGGCCUACAUUAAAACCUAGAAAAAUUAUAUUACUUGGUUCUAAAGAUAUGCAAGAUGAAAAUGUAAUGUCUAUUCUAAAUAAAAGAGAAAUUGAGAUAGUGAACAUACCGUAUAAUGAAAAUGUUGAAUUCGAUACAAUUGUCAAGACUUUGGAUAUUAGCUUAGAUGUUGAGUUGGAUCAGUCUUUAAGAUGGCAAAGGAUUGGAGAAGGCCAUACUGUUGCACAUGUCAUUGGUAAAUUGGUUAAAGAGGCUCCAUCCCAGAAAUCUGGUUCCACAAGAAGUAAACUAGUAUUAAAACCAAUAACAAAUAGCAAUAAAAGACACACAAAUGGAUCAUUAUCUAUUGGUGAUGUCAGACUUGUAGAAGUUAGAAGAAAAUUGUUAGAACUCAACCAUAAAGCAGAAUUCAAAGGAGAAGGUACGUUGGUGGUGGAUGGACAGGUUGCAGUCAGAAAAGUAAGCGACGGGGAAACCGUCAUUAAUGGGUUUCCUUCGGAUAUAUUCGACACAGUGAAAUCAACAAUUACAGAUAUGCUUGCCAAAGUCUAG